AUGUCUUCCCUUUUUUUUUCUGUUCUUCCGUGCUUACCGUUAUUUUUCACCACCGCACCAUUCAUAGGGCCAAACCAGGAAGUAAUCAGGAUGAGUGAACAGAAUAGGGAUGCGGCAGCUGAGCUACUGGAAAAGUAUUUUGAUGACAAUUAUCUAUUCGAGCAGACAAACUCUUUCUUUCGCGAGAAGGUAUCUCCUCGUAAUACCGGCGACCUGAAGGAACCCCCGACUAUCACCUGCGCCGCUUUUCUUCGCUAUGCAAACUGCCCUGUUGAUGAGAAAAACGUUGCCGCUGUCUUCGCCGCCGCGGCUACAAGCAGCGUUGUUGAAGCUGUCGAAGGUGAGGGCGGUGUGCGGUCUCUGCGUCGCCGGAAGUUCCUCGAUCCAAAGGCUGACCCAGCCCUACGAAGUGUUGUUGUGUGGCCUCUCCACCGUGCGUCGACUGUAGAAGAAGUAACGAACUUUUUUAAGGACUACGGAACGGUGCAGAGUGCCGCAGCUCUCCCCCGCUCCCCAGGCGACACACAGAUGAAUUCAUCUUUUGUGGUCCGCUUUGCCACUGCGGAAGAGGCUGUCAGGUGCACCAAGGCUGUUAUAACCCUCGGCAAAGCCCCCACAGCACUGGCUCAGCACUUUCUGCCGACCCGUCUGCGUGUUGUUAUGCUGGAGGACCACCACAAUAAGAUGGUGGAAAAGAGUCGAGCGGAGAGCGAUGCACAGCUACUGCACAAUGUGGUUCAAGCUCAGAAAGCUCUAGCAGAGUUACAGGAUCCGGCUGUGAGACGUUCUCUUGGAAAGGGUGCAACCCUGAAGGUCGAGGGCGUUCCGCACGGAACUUCGUGGGCAACAAUAAAGAUGAAGCUUGGUAACCUCUCUCUUACCAACCAUGCGCUGAAAAAGGGGAUCACUCUCGUGAAGGUGGAGGACAGCGACCCGGCGUCGCCAGCAGCUCCACAUCGCGCAUUUGUCGUGUGUCGAAACGCCGCGACGGCGAACGAACUGCUCGCCUCGUACAACUUAGCUGAUGGUGAGUUCGGAAGGGAGCUAAGAUCGGUGUGUCCCACAUUGCUGCCCCUUACCUCCGAGGAGGAGGAGUAUGCACGACGAAAUUUUCCGGAGUGGUGUAAGCGCCGUGUGGAGGCUAAGCAAGUUCAUAAUAAUAAGCGACACCGCUCGGCGGAUUAA